CCCAGCCCAGCCCGCUCCCGCAUGAGGGAGGCAGCGAGGGAGCCAGGCCACUCCGCGUCGCCGGCAUGUCCGCGCCCUGCUGCGCCGGCCAGCUGGCCUGCUGCUGUGGUACUGCUGCUUGUGCCUUGUGCUGCAAAUGCUGCCCCAAGAUAAAACAGUCAACCAGCACCCGCUUCAUGUACGCGCUGUACUUCAUCCUGGUGACUAUCAUCUGUUGUGUGAUGAUGUCAACGACAGUAGCUAAUGAAAUGAAAACACACAUUCCCUUCUACAAGGAGAUGUGCAAGGGUAUUCAGGCAGGAGAUAUGUGUGAGAAGUUGGUGGGAUACUCUGCAGUGUACAAAGUCUGUUUCGGAAUGGCCUGUUUCUUCUUCUUCUUCUUCUUGUUCACCAUCAAGAUUGACAGCAGCAAAAGCUGCCGAGCAUACAUUCAUAAUGGAUUCUGGCUUAUUAAACUUAUACUUCUGGCAGCAAUGUGCUCUGGAGCCUUCUUCAUUCCUGACCAGGACACUUUCCUCAAUGCCUGGCGCUACAUAGGAGCAACAGGAGGGUUCCUUUUCAUUGCCAUUCAGCUCAUCCUGCUUGUUGAGUUUGCACACAAAUGGAAUAAAAAUUGGACUGCAGGUGCAAAACACAAGCAGAUGUGGAAUGGUUUGCUUGCCCUGGUCACUCUCAUCUUGUACUCCAUUGCUGUGGCAGCCCUGGUCCUCAUGGCUCUUUUCUACACACGCUCAGAGGGCUGCAUGUACAACAAGGUCUUAAUUGGUGUUAACGGUGGCCUGUGCCUCUUUGUGUCGCUGGUGGCCAUAUCUCCCUGCGUCCAGAAUCGCCAGCCCCAUUCUGGUUUGCUGCAAUCCGGAAUUAUCAGCUGCUACGUUAUGUAUCUCACUUUCUCAGCACUAUCCAGCAAGCCACCAGAAACUAUCCUGGAUGAAAACAAUCAGAACAUCACAAUCUGUGUACCUGAAUUUAGUCAAGGCCUGCACAGAGAUGAAAACCUGGUUACUGGCCUGGGUACUACCAUUUUGUUUGGCUGCAUUUUAUAUUCUUGUUUAACCUCAACAACACGUGCAAGCUCAGAGGCGCUGAGGGGAAUAUAUGCAGCACCUGAAACUGAAGUAGCUCGUUGCUGCUUUUGCUGCGUGCCUGACGGAGAUGCUGAUGCUGAAGAGCACACUGCAAGCAGGGGUGGCCAGACUGUGAUUUAUGAUGAGAAGAAAGGCACAGUGUACAGUUAUGCCUACUUCCACUUUGUUUUCUUCUUGGCUUCGCUCUACGUGAUGAUGACAGUAACUCAUUGGUUUCAUUAUGAAAGUGCUCAGAUUGAAAAAUUCUUCACCGGAACCUGGUCCAUCUUCUGGAUUAAGAUGGUGUCCUGUUGGGUUUGUGUCUGUCUGUACUUAUGGACUCUCACUGCUCCACUCUGUUGCCCAACCAGAGAGUUCUCAGUGUGAAUACUCUCACAUCCUUCUGUGUUCUUCUUUUCUUCUUUUUCACACCUCUCUGUUACAAAGAAAAUACAAGUCAUUUUGUAACAAGGAAACACUUAUUGCCUAAUUAUUGUAAUGUACCAGUUAGUAACUUUUUAGUCAGACUAAACAAAUGACUUUUCUACCUUUUUUAAUUGUCCCAAACAAGCAUUGCCCAAAGGAACAAAUUGGUUCUGAAGCUUUUGUAACACUGAGUGUGGGAAACAGUUGUUGCAAAAACUGAAAUAAGUUAAAUGCUUUUCAAAUCACUGACAAUCUUUCUCUGACUUCAUUGGCAAGGAAAAGAAAAGCCAUGAUGCAGGUUUGCCUUCUUCCUUGCUAUGAAUGCUAGAGUGUCUUCUAGCAGAUACAUGUUCCUUUUUAUACUCUUUUCUUAACUUUGUCUUCUACAGUUUGCAGUGAUGAUUUGGACUGCUGUUUUGUACAGCAGGUAAUUCUUAUCAGUAAUAGCCAGAUAAUUUUUUUUUCCAAAACAUAAUUAAAUGCUUCUAUAGAGAAAGAGACUAUGUAAGAAUUUGACUGCCAAAGCACCUAGUAAAAGUUGUUUAUCUAAAUGCUAAAUAUAUUAAGUUAUUGUAUACCAAGGUUGAGAAAGGAAUAUACCAAUGAUAAUAGAGUAUUUAUUCUAUUCUAACUUUGAGAAGCACCUGAAUAUUUUAUGCAAUUCAGAUCUAGUCCAAUUGUUAACAGAAGGGGAUUUCUACACAUAAAAUUUUUAAACUGAAUUUUGUCCAACUUUGCUUUGCUGGAUCACUGCAAGUUGUGUGUACUGCACAGGGAUUUAAGAUACGGUGCAUUCUUCGUUCAUAAUGUUUGCUGUUGAGAAAAUGCUGAAUACAGGACUGCUGCCAAUCUCUGUUAAAUUUGAAAGUGGAGUGCUCAUUGACUUUUCCACCCUACUAUUUCAACUUGUGUCUAAAGAUCUUCCAGAGUCUCCAGUUCUGUUUCCAUUACUAAUUUUAUAAUAUUUUAAAUGCAUUGAUGGUCCAAAAGGACUGUAAUGUGUCAUCUUCCUUGUCUGCCUAUGUGUUGAUUGGAAAACAUUCUUACUAGCUGCUCUAUUUUUGUACUCCUGUUUGCUGUUGGGAUGGAGUUGAGCCAACCAAACCAUUAAUGGUGAAUAAACUUCUUUUGGUGUAUGCCUGUUCCAAGCACUGGGGUAAGCAGUCAGAAAAACAAGGCCAGAAGACACAACUGUAACAGCAGCUGCCAUAGUACAAAUUACUGACUUGACAAUACUAAACCCUACCAUGUUGUUUUUAUUUGCUUUAAGCAGAUGAUUUGGUGGUGGAACAACAGCUCAGAUGAAUAAGGUUGAACCCACUGUAGUUAUCUACAUUCCAGUGGGAUGAAUUUAUGACUUGUGCUCGUCCCGGAGGCUCUGUCUUCUCUCUCUCUUUUUCUAAACUCAACCAAUUUAGUAGUU